GCAGGUUUUAACUAAAAAAAAAUAAAAUUUGGCAGGUGAAUUUUGUUUAUAAAGGCAUUAACUCAUUAAGGGCAAUAUCGACCUUUGCUUCUCUUCUACGCGGUUCAGCAAUUCUCUCUCGCCCUCCGCCGUGGGCAACAUUCCGAGGAAGAGAUUUUCAAUUCAGGCAGUGAUGAUGCGAGGAACAGGGAAGAAGAAGAUUGAAAUCAAGAAAAUAGAGAAAGAGUCAUCACGAAUGGUGACAUUCUCUAAGAGACGUAGUGGUCUGGUCAAGAAAGCUGUGGAACUAGAAGACAAGACGGGAGCCCGUGUGGCCUUGGUGGUUUUCUCCCCCAGAGAUCACGUCUACACUUACGGCGACAUUCCCGCCAUGUCCGACCUUGUCGAGAGGAUCACCAACAACACCAAUGCCGCCAUGUCCGACCUUGUCGAGAGGAUCACCAACAACACCAGCAUAGUUCCUUACGAGGCCGGCCAAAUGCAGGACAACGGUACCGUCGACAGUUCCACCUUGGGUUCGGGUUCAAAUUACAAAAACCUAAUUCACUGGGUCGAUAGCAUCGACAUUGAAGGAUGUAACAAUUUGGAAGAAACCUUGAAGUUGAAGCAAAUUUUGGAAGUCCUUCUGCAAGACUGAAGAUUAUUGCUCAUGAUGACUUGUUUAGGAUACAAUCCUAAUCCUAAUCCUGACGGGUAAGAGUAAGGAAAAUUUUGAAUAAAAAGAUGCUUUUUUUUAGCUACUUGUGUAUUGGCAGCACUAGAAUGAGAUUAAAUCUUUGAGAUGUUCAUUCAUUAGUAGUUUAA